CCUGGCGCUUGAGCUGUGUUUUGCUUCAUGGUUUUUGCUGAACGUCGUGAGCGAGCGAUCAGGAGGAGAGAGGAGAAGUUUUCUUCUUCGCACUUCACCUUCCCACCUUCACCAUGGACGCUCACUUCAUCCGGCAGGAGAUCAACAGCACGGUGUGGGAAGUCCCGGAGAAAUACACACGGCUCAAACAGAUAGGCACCGGGGCGUACGGCACAGUGUGCUCAGCCAUAAAUGAGAAGACUACAGAUAAAGUGGCUAUCAAGAAACUCCACAGGCCCUUCCAGUCAGAGAUCUUUGCAAAGAGGGCCUACAGAGAGCUGCGGCUGCUCAAACACAUGAAGCAUGAAAAUGUGAUAGGACUUCUCAAUGUGUUUACAUCUGCCCCAGGCUUCAGUGACUUCCAAGACUUCUACCUGGUGAUGCCUUACAUGUUUACUGACCUGUCAAAGGUGCGAGGUCAACUCUCAGAGGACAAAGUCAAGUUCCUCGUCUACCAGAUGCUCUGUGGCCUCAGGUACAUCCACAGCGCUGGAAUCAUCCACAGGGAUCUUAAGCCUGGAAACUUGGCGGUGAACCAGGACUGUGAACUGAAGAUCCUGGACUUUGGUCUGGCUCGCGGGGCUGAUGCUGAGAUGACAGGCUACGUGGUGACCCGUUGGUACCGGGCCCCCGAGGUCAUUCUGAACUGGAUGCACUACACCCAGACUGUGGACAUCUGGUCGGUGGGCUGUAUCAUGGCAGAAAUGAUCAAUGGAAGGACUCUUUUCAAAGGAAAAGACUACAUGGACCAGCUGACUCAGAUCCUGAAAGUGACUGGAGUGCCGGGAGCAGAGUUUAUCCAGAAGCUGGACAGUCCAGAGGCUAAAACUUAUAUAAAGGCUCUUCCCCGCUAUCCCAGGAAAGACUUCUCAACAUUGUUCCCAAGAGCCAGUGCAAACGGUAUCGACCUGCUGGAGAAGAUGCUGGUUCUCGAUGGAGACGAGAGGCUUACAGCAGAACUGGCUCUGGAGCACCCGUACUUCGACGGCCUGAGGGACCCAGACGACUUUCCUGAGCCUACGCCUUAUGAUGACAGCCAUGACAACGCUAUAUUGUCCCUGGAGGAGUGGAAGCGGUUAUGUUUCAAAGAGGUGAAAAGCUUUGUGCCGAUCCCACGGAGGGACUCCAAGAGGAAAAACACCCUGACCAUGUCUCCGUGACCUGAUGAAUUCUCAGCCACCACCGACACAGAACACAGCCACCCGUGCCCUUGUACAUUCUCACCAUGGAUUCACUCUGUACCUUCUGGCCUGGAUAUGUUUAGAUUCAUGAACGAGAGUUUACCUUUUUUUCUUUUUGUAAUGUGCAAUUAUUUCCUGAAUGUAAACUGCUCUCUGUGUCACAUCAGUGAAGUGUCUUGCAAAUGUAUUGUGACUGAGCGUCACAGGGUCUACUGUAAGAUUUACUGUAAUAUUGUUUUCGGAUUAAAGUAUAAGACUCAUAGUCAACUCAAA